AUGCCAUUGGAAAGUGGGGAACUUGUAAAAAGACUUUCUUUAUUAGAAGAUCAGAAGAACUUAAUAGUAAAUAGCGCUAAUAAACUAAAAGGCUGGCUUGGAACCAACGACGACACUUCUUCUAUAAGUGACAACGAACACGAAGAAACUGUAGCAGAAAAACUAACACCUGUUAAUAUGGUUCACGCUGAAGAUACAUUAAUUGAGCGACAAAGUAUUUCUACUUUGGAGUUUCGAGUUCAUCAUUUGGAAAAGUCGAUCUUUGGUUUUGACGCAAUUUCAAAAAGAGCGUCAGUACAUGAAAAGUUGAAGGAGCAACAGGCAUUAUUAAAGCGAGUUGAUGAGAUCAAAAAGGUGUUUAAUACAACCAUACGUGAUGAGGCUGACGGAUUGAAAUCAUUUCUCGAGAUUUACGAUCAGGUAUCGGACCUCGUUUCUCCUUUCAAAGAUUCCGCACUCGCAAUGGAGAGAGUUGUACUUACACCCGAAGCUAAAGCUGAAAUCGUUUGCUCUUCUGAGGAAGAAUUAAAGUUAAUAGCCGAUAAUUUAGGACAAAUUAAAGAUUUACAAGAAAUUAUCGAAGCUCCAGAAUUCAAAGGCUUUGAUAAGCUCUUUCCUCAAGUUACACCCAUUGAAACCAGUCACAUUGACCAAGUGGCUAGAGCUGAAGAAACUUCUGCCCACAUAACGUCUUUGUUAGACAAAUAUAAUAUAUUUGUCAACAUACUGUCGGAAAUUUUUAUUUCCUGGGAUCAAAUUCUUUCAACUCUUGAUGCACAUAUAUCCGCACUUGAGCGAGAAAAAGAAUAG